AGUGGUGCGCACUUCAUGUCUGCUUCACGAAUACGCGGUUUGACUGCCGCAUUGAAUUCGGCAGGAAAGCACAAGUACAAGAGUCCCGACGGAGCUGUUGACUUUCUGGUUGUCGGAGGUGGCGUCGUGGGCUUGGCUGUUGCCCAGAGAUUGGUGGAACGCUUUCCGGACAAGUCCACAUAUCUUGUUGAAAGACACGGGGGUGCCGGGGAAGAGACAAGCUCCCGCAACUCAGAAGUUAUACAUGCGGGACUUUAUUAUCCAGCGGAUUCACUCAAGACACAGCUAUGCCUGCGGGGCAGACAUCUCAUGUAUGACCGAUGUCAGCGCCAUAAUAUCCCACAUUUGAAGACAGGAAAACUCGUAGUCGCACACGAGGGUCAACGCCCAUACGUAGAAGGCCUUUACGAGAAGUCCCGUCAACUUGGGUGGCCAAAACACUUCACACAACACUCCCGCAAUGGUGCAGUCCUUCCUACCAGACUUAUCACUGGGGACGAAGCCCGCGUGCUAGAACCUGACCUCUCCAAAGACAUAACCACCGCCCUUUGGAGCCCAGAAACUGGCAUCGUAGACUCCCAUGCGCUCAUGGAAAGCCUCGAGAAAGAUAUUACGGAGUCGACAGGGGGCGAACUUGUGUAUUCCACACGUGUGGUCCGCGUCGACCCCCACAACAAGAGGGAGGUGUCGUCUGCAUCGACCAGUGCACAAGAUGGCUGGGUUGUACAAACCACGACGGGUGACGCACGAGAUGGAGACGCGCUCUUCGCGAAAACCCUUAUCAACGCGUCAGGCCUAUCAGCCACCCUCAUACUGAACUCACUUCUCUUCGAAUCUUCCCGCAUUCCAAUGUACUUUGCCCGUGGGUCAUACGCAGCGUACAGGGGUCCGGGUGUGUCGAACAUUAAACACCUCAUAUACCCUUGCGCACAGACUGGACCGAACAUACAUGCAUUCCAAUCCCUCGGAACUCAUCUCACCCUGGAUAUGCGUGGCAAUGUACGCUUCGGACCAGACUUGGAGUGGAUAUCACCACCGUCCAGUUCGGCCGACGAUGUUUCUGACGAAGCCCACGCAGACUUCUGGACCAAAUAUCUGGUACCAGACGAAUCCAGGCUAGAGGACAUGCAUGGUGCGGUGACCAAGUAUUUGCCGAAUGUCCAGAAGAAGAAUUUCAGGCCGGACUACGUUGGCAUCCGUCCUAAGCUCGUGGUUUCAGGAUUUCAAGACUUUGUCAUCCGCAAAGACUAUGCGGACGGCAUCGGCAGCGGAUUGAUGGUCAGUCUGAUGGGUAUUGAGAGUCCAGGUCUCACCUCCUGCCUGGCCAUUGCAGAGCAUGUGACCGAGGACAUCAUUGCCCGGGAGCAAAACGACUCGUAG